AUGAAAUUUGAAAAUUUACUAGAUUCAGGAGCUGCUAUUGUAAAAAGAUUAGGAUGGAAACAAGGUGAAGAAGAAGAAAAUUGGUCAAAAAAAGCAAUAGAUUCAUUGGUAAAAAAAUUACAAAAAAAUAAUUGUAAUGCUUUAUUGUUAUUGGAGGAGGCAUUAAAAAGUGAAGGAAGACGGCCCUCUGAAUGUGUUACAAUUCCAAGAUCACUUGAUGGUAGAUUACAAAUAUCUCAUCGUAAAGCAUUACCACAUGUGAUAUAUUGCCGAGUUUAUAGAUGGCCUGAUCUUCAAAGUCAUCAUGAAUUAAAGGCUGUUGAAAGUUGUAGAUUUUGUUAUGAAUCAGGUCAAAAAGAAAUAUGUAUAAAUCCUUAUCAUUAUCAACGAGUUGAGUCAGCUGGUGUUCUUCCACCAGUUUUAGUACCAAGAUAUUCAGAACCUGCACCAUCAAUAAUUCCAAUGUCAUUUCAAAAAAUGCAAGCUAUGGAGGCAUCAUGUUCAAUGCCUAGAAAUGUUGACAUGACUGUUGGUAGAAUUAAUAAUAAUCAAGUUACACCAAAUUCAUGGAAUAAUUGUUCAAAUAAUAAUUAUACUAAUUGUGAUAAUCUGACAACAAAUAAUAUGAUUAGUGUACCAUUCAUUAAUUCACCAUAUUGGGCAUCUAUUUGUUACUAUGAAUUAAAUACACGAGUAGGUGAACAGGUAAAAGUAUCACUUCCAACUGUUGAAAUAGAUGGUUAUACUGAUCCAUCAACAAAUUCAAGUAAAAUAUCUUUAGGUUUAUUUUCAAAUAUUAAUAGAAAUGCACAAAUAGAAAAUACUAGAAAACAUAUUGGAAGAGGUGUUAAAUUGACUUAUGUUCCAUAUCAGGGAACAUUAUUUGCUGAAUGCCAAAGUGAAAGUGCAAUAUUUGUUCAGAGUAGAAAUUGUAACUACAUUCAUGGUUUUCAUCCAAAUACUGUUUGUAAAAUAACUCAUGGUACAUCACUAAAAGUAUUUGAUCUUCAAAAAUUUAGAGAACUUCUUGCUGAAUCAGUUAAUAUGGGUUUUGAUGCUAAUUAUGAAUUAACAAAAAUGAGUAUAAUAAGAAUGUCUUUUGUUAAAGGAUGGGGUGCUGAGUAUAAUAGACAAGAUGUUACAUCAACUCCAUGUUGGAUUGAAAUUCAUCUUCAUGAUCCAUUAACGUGGUUAGACAAAGCUCUUUCACAAAUGGGUAAUUCACGUCAACCUAUUUCAUCAGUUUCAUAA